AUGUCUCCGCGUCGGUCGCGCAUCCGCAGCCAGAGUAUGAGGGCCAGCAACGGCAGCAACGGAACCGUGAGCACAAACACAAGCGUGUCGACAGGGAGGAUGUCGCAAGCUACAAACAUCACCCAGCCGCCCGCGUACUCGAAAAAAUUCGUCGUGGUGGGAGAUGGAGGGUGCGGCAAAACCUGUCUCUUGAUCAGCUACUCGCAAGGGUACUUCCCAGAGAAAUAUGUCCCUACAGUUUUUGAGAACUACAUCACUCAGACCGUCCAUGGGCCUACUGGUAAGACGGUGGAGCUUGCACUCUGGGAUACUGCUGGGCAAGAAGAGUACGACCGGCUUCGACCGCUCUCAUAUCCCGAGACAGACCUGCUCUUUGUCUGCUUUGCCAUUGACUGUCCUGUUUCGCUUGAGAACGUAAUGGACAAGUGGUACCCUGAAGUCCUUCAUUUCUGUCCCACAACGCCGAUUAUCUUGGUCGGCCUCAAAUCUGACCUUCGCACCAAGCGCACUUGCAUCGAACUUCUCAAGACGCAAGGCCUCACUCCAGUCACACCGGAGCAAGGUCAGGCAGUUGCCCAGCGGAUGGGUGCAACGUAUGUCGAGUGCAGCAGCAAGGAGAUGCGCGGUGUUGACGAGGUGUUUGAGCUUGCGGUCAACACGGCCGUUGAGAUUGAGGAAGGCUGGUAUGGCCGCGGUCCCAACGGCAAGAACAGCGCCGGGGGAGGGAAGAAGAUCAAGAAGCGCACCUGCAAGAUUCUGUAG